UGAUCACGUGGGGAUACGACGGCAAAAGCUCCCGCUCGGGCCAUCAUCAUCAUCAUCAUCACAAUGAUAAUCAUCACUGAACCGAGGAUGUAACGAAGACGAUUUUUUUUUCUGGCGGAAAGAAAUUAUUACACGCAUGUCGUUUUUCGUCUGUGCUGCGCGUGAGCUCGUCUGUUUUGCGCGUGAGCUUGCCUGUAGUGCGCGUGAGUUGGCUCCGGGUCACGACGAGUGUCGAGUGGACGGAAAUCCGCGCUGGGACGAAGAACAAACAAAUGAACCACUCGGUGAGAUGUGUAUUGAAUGGAAAGAGAGACACUCCACCUACCGCUCUUUAGCUGGCUGACUCUUCAGUACGACUUGCACUAUCGUUCGUUUGCUUUAACGUUUAUAUAUUUUUUAUAACGAACCUUUUUGUUUUUGUCCCUUGUUUUGUGCACGUCGUUAUUAUGUGUGACCGGUGUCUCAGAGCCACCAGUGGGGAAAAAGAUGUUCGCCUUUGGACAGCAGGGAGAUCAUUUCUGAACGAUUUUUCAGAAAAACCGCGUCGUUAGGAACAACUCUCUCUCUCUCUCUCUCUCUCUCUCUCUCUCUCUCUCUCUCUCUCUCUCUCUCUCUCUCUCUCUUUCUUUCUUUUGAGACAGUUCUUUUGGACCUGUAGACACCAGGGCUUUUACGUUAACGUUGCUCAAACCCUCUUGAUAUGUUCAUCUGAAUGUUUUCUUGGAUUUUAGUCUCACUUUAAUGCAGACAUCCUGGACCUCUUUGUUAUCCAUCAUUAAAUAUCUGGGAGGAGGGAAACAAACAAACUGUUGCUGCCUGACAAGCCCCUGGGAUUCAGAGUGCAAUUUUUUAACUCCAAUUCGUUUUCCAACGAGCACAAAAUGGCCAAUGAUUCUAUCCAAAGCGAUCCAGGUGGGUUGUCUGUGCUGGAACAACUGGGUCUGGACCAAGGCUCAGAUUUUUCAGAUCCAAGCGUACAGCAGCGGCUGGACGAGGAGCGUGAGAAGAUCCGCCGGGAGAUCCGCAAAGAGCUAAAGAUCAAGGAAGGAGCAGAGAACCUGCGACGGGCAACCACAGACAAGCGCAAUGCCCAGCAAGUGGACAACCAGCUGCGCUCCUCCAACCGGCGUCUCCAAACGCUUCAUGUCCAGCUUCAGGAACUUGACGCCCAUAUUGUUGUCAAGGGAACGGAUGAGGCUCGCGAUGACGUGCCUCGGUCUCCUGGCACAGAGAGUCGUGCAUCGGCUCAUCAGGAGCGCAUCGCCGCACUGGAAAGGCAACUCAACAUAGAGCUUAAAGUCAAGCAGGGUGCCGAGAACAUGAUCCCUAUCUACGCUAGCGCCUCUACCAAGGAUAAGAAGAUGUUGCAGACCGCACAGCAGAUGCUCCAGGACAGCAAAACCAAGAUCGACAUCAUUCGCAUGCAGAUCCGCAAAGCAGUGCAGGCCUACGAACACAUUGAGGACAUACAAGGAAAGCCUGACCCGUGCGGGAUAGAGCUGAGGAUCGAGGAACUGAGGCACCACUACAGGGUGGAGCACGCUGUUGCAGAGGGAGCCAAAAAUGUGCUGAGACUGUUGGGAGCCAACAAAGUACAGGACAAAAAGGCCAUGUCAGAGGCUCAAUGUCGUUUGAGCGAGUCUUCUCAGAGGCUGGAUCUGCUGAAGGUUUCUUUAGAUCAACGUUUGGCUGAUCUGCCUGAGGAUCAUCCCAAAGCUUGUCUGAUCAAAGAGGAGCUCGUCCUGGCCUCCUCACCCACUUUCAGCUCUCGUCACAGCACUCCCUACCUGCACAACCAGUACAGCACACUGUCCAAACCCUCCCCUCUCACUGGCAUGCUGCAGGUGAAGCUACUAGGCUGUGUGGGAUUGUUGGAGGUGGUUCCGGGUCGUAGCCGUGGCAGCCCUGUGAUGUUGCCGUGCCACAGUCCCGGCGAGGCUCGCUCCUUCAUGCGCAGUGGGAAAGGCCUGUACAGCCGCAGUGGCAGCGUCAGCGGCAAGAGUACACUGAAAACAGAUGAGCUCUCAACGGAGGUGAGUGCUGUGCUGAAGCUGGAUAACACUGUGGUUGGUCAGACAGCAUGGAAAACAGUUGGAGAUCAUACCUGGGACCAAACGUUUACUAUAGAUCUGGAACGGUCUAGAGAAAUGGAGAUAGCUGUGUAUUGGAGGGACUAUCGCUCUCUGUGUGCACUGAAAUUCCUGAAGCUGGAAGAUUUCCUGGAUAACCAGAAACACACAGUUCAGCUGGAGCUGGAGCCACAGGGCCUGCUGCUGGCAGAGGUGACGUUCUUUAACCCAGUCAUCGAAAGAGUUCCACGCCUUAAGAGACAGAAGAAAGUAUUCUCUAAGCAGCAGGGUAAAGCUUUCCUGCGCGCUCGACAGAUGAACGUGGAUAUCGGCACAUGGGUGCGGCUGUUAAGAAAUGCCAUUCCGACCGUUAACAACACGGGAACCUACAGUCCUAAUGCAGCUCACACAAUACACUCUGGUGAGAUCUCUGUUGAGAAACUGAGCCUGGACACGGAUUCCCCCAUGAAAGUGGAGCUCAGGAGAGAUAUGACAGAUGGACAAACACCGGAGAGACCACAUGUCAUUGAGCCAAGCUCUCCUCAGGACUCUUCUACACCUCAACGACCCAACAGAACAUACUCGCUCAGCAGUAAACAGAAGAAAACUCCACUGGGGCUUCAGGAUUUCAGGUUGAUUGCCGUGCUGGGUAGAGGUCAUUUUGGCAAGGUAUUGCUGUCAGAAUAUAAGAAAUCAGGCUCGAUGUAUGCCAUCAAGGCCCUGAAGAAAGGAGACAUUGUGGCCAGAGAUGAAGUGGAGAGCCUGAUGUGUGAGAAGCGGAUCUUUGAGAUAGUGAACAGCUCUCAGCACCCGUUCCUGGUGAACCUGUUCGCUUGCUUCCAGACACCGGAGCAUGUGUGUUUUGUCAUGGAGUACACAGCGGGCGGAGACCUGAUGAUGCACAUCCAUGCCGACGUGUUCAACGAGCCGCGAGCUGUGUUCUAUGCUGCCUGUGUGGUGCUCGGCCUUCAGUUUUUACAUGACAACAAGAUUGUAUAUAGGGACCUAAAAUUGGACAAUCUGCUGCUCGACACAGAAGGAUAUGUGAAAAUAGCUGACUUCGGACUGUGUAAAGAAGGUAUGGGCUUUGGGGACAGGACCAGUACGUUCUGUGGCACUCCGGAGUUUCUGGCUCCGGAGGUUUUGACGGACACGUCCUACACACGGGCGGUGGACUGGUGGGGACUCGGAGUCCUGAUCUACGAGAUGCUUGUUGGAGAGUCUCCAUUUCCAGGAGAUGACGAGGAGGAGGUGUUUGACAGCAUAGUGAACGACGAGGUCCGUUACCCACGAUUCCUGUCGUCAGAAGCGAUCGGCGUUAUGAGGAGGCUGUUGAGGAGGAAUCCAGAAAGGAGGCUGGGAUCUGGAGAGAAGGAUGCUGAAGAAGUUAAGAAGCAGCCUUUCUUUAGGAACAUGGACUGGGAGGCUCUCCUUCAGCGUAAACUUCCUCCUCCGUUCGUUCCCACUAUUGGAGACCAAGAGGAUGUGAGUAACUUCGAUGAAGAAUUCACGACCGAGGUUCCGACCCUCACGCCGCCACGAGAACCGCGCGUGCUCUCCCGCAAGGACCAGGACAGCUUUCGUGACUUUGACUACGUCUCUGACCUCUGCUGAGCUCCUGGCGUGGUUGCGGUGAGGUCAGAGAUCACGUAGGAGCCAUCUAGGAUUGUUUCUGUUUCCCAAAUGUGAUAUUAUUAAAAAAAAAAGACGGUCAUAACCACUACACUGUGACUCAGUGAAGAUGAAGGGCUCAUGUGUGGAAGAAAAUGUGUGGAGUUUUACACUGUGAUGGAGGAAAAAGUGGCAAGAAAUGUGAAAGGAACGUGGACUCUUUCUUCAGAUCUUCAUCUGUCGGAAGUGAGAUGAAAUCCAAUCCGAAUCCUCAGCUAACCCAGGUUAAGGGACACAACAAUCCUGGGGUUUGUAUUCCCAGCUUUCCAUUGAGGAGUACAGCGCUCUAACCUCUGAGCUACCACUGCCUGUUUGAAAAAAUGUAGCUUUUAUCAUCUGACUUUCACCUCACCGCCGUUCAGUAACAGAAGAUCCGUGUUCUUUCUUACCUGACAAGGUGUUUGGACCCACGGAAACUCUUUUACAUUCUCAAAAACCACGAGAAUGCCUUAACUUUAUACUCUGUCGAUUUUAGACCCUUCUGGUCUAGCUGUCUAGUUAAAAGAAAUGAAACUGGGAAAGAUCUUGAAAACGGAUGGAAGGAUGUGAUGCAAGGAAGAAUAAUGGCUUGAUAUAAAACAAUGAUAUGUCAUCAUGUAUACAGAAUUGGAUUGUGCGUCAAAAACUCCAGAUAUAAAUCAAGCUCUGUAUUAAACUUCAGUUAUAACUGCAGGCAAAUGGCUUGAUACCCCAACCAUUUAACUCCAAGACUAAAAUUAGUUUAAAUUAGCAACAGAUGUGUUCUGAUCCUGGGCUGAAUAUAAGUAAAAAAAACAACUUCGACUCCAAGAUCGAAUCCAGCCUAAAACCAGGAUUCAUUAAGCAUCUCAGAAUCACAUGACGUUUCAGCUAGAGGUGUAAAACCUCACAUGAUGAGAUUACGAUUCUUAAGGAAACUAUACAAAAUUUGACAAUAGUUUUAAAUACGCUACAGUACUCUACAGUUUGAUUUAGUAGCCUCUGGCCGAUAUGUCACCACGUUUGAAUAGAAACCCGGGAUAUCAGGGAUAACCUGGGAUCGUUAAUUCUCAAAGGAGAAUCGUGAUAAUGAAAGUGUUUUAAGACUUUCACACAAAUCAACUUGUUAAAUCUAUUUCUAGUUUAAAAAUAACAAUUCUUUUUUAUACACAAUUUCUCUGUCUGAUUCAUAAUCAGCUGAAUUUUAUAAUAAAUGGUUUAUGGUAGUUGCCCUGAUUCAGUACAGUAGUUUUCAGAUCAAAUCGGCCAGUCGUUAUAUAUCCCUUAGCGCUAGCACAUACAAAUGUACCUUUAACUAAAUACAGCUUGGAGUUUAAAAAUAAACAAACAAACAAAUCAAAUAAAUUAAUUAAUAAAUAAAAAUUCUCUAAAAAUGAUUGAACAGAAGGAAAUCACUGGUUUGGAUCCAGAAUUGCUGUGAGUUUUUGGCUUAUUUCUUUGUUUCGUUUUAAUGAAGGAUGAGUUUUUAGUUCUUGUGUUGUUUUUUUUGUUUGUUUGUUUGUUUGUUUUUAAAUUAGGAAUAUGUAGCAAAUUCUUUUAAAACAUUCUGAUUCUCUAUUGUUAAAUUUUAAACCCAUUUUAUAAUCCCCAUCUUGGAAUCACUGGCUUGUGUAAUAUAAUAGAUUUUAUGUGCGAAAUAGACUUUGGCAUAGCACUGUGACAAACUUCUUAGUGUGUAGCACAACCUCUUGACUGCAGAUAUUAUUUAUGUCUGUGUAUCAGCCGUCAUGACGACCGGACAGUGAAUCAGACUACGCUCUGCUUCUGUUUCCAGUGGUGUGGAGGUCAGUAUGAAUCCUGCCUAUCCAGUGUACUCUUACAACACAAUGUUUGAGAUGAGCUCUAUUUAUAAAGAUGUCCUGUACAAAACCUUUGUGCUUGUCUAUGUACAUGAAUAAAUGAUAAAUAAAUAAAUAAAUAAACAGAGGACAAAGCCA